UCCGCCAAUCAGACUGUAUGCCAACCCCAAACAGCUUUUGAACAAACCAAUCGUUGCAUCGCGUUAGACAUUUAAAGCAAAUUCGUCACUACGUUCCAAAGAUUCAAAUUUGAGAGUACUUGGACAUACUGUACGUUUCAGCAGUUUUAGAGGUCAUCUCUGAAAGGCUGGUUCAAUCAUGGCGCAUUUUGGAUUCGAGAACGACAUUCACAGCAUCCUGAAGCUGGACAUGCCAAUCACCAAUGCACCUAUGGCAAGGUGGCAGAGAAAAUCCAACACAUCGACCACCGUUUCUAGCAACCCCUUAACUCCGAGCAGAUCUCUCAGUAUGUCGAAGACACCCAGCAAAACACCAGGCAAAAAUGGGAAGACCCAAUGCACACCAAACAAAGUUGGAGGUGACCGUUUCAUUCCCACCCGAAACGCCAAACAGAUAGAUGUGGCGAGCUUUCUUCUUACUAAAGAGAAUGAGCCCAUGGACACAAACGCCACAUCUGAAAUAUCAGCAGACAACCAAAAAGCCUGGUCUGUAACACUUAAUGGAUAUGAUAUUGAGGAGGCCAAGAUUCUCCACCUGGGGGGGAAACCUUUGAAUGCUCCAGAAGGUUAUCAAAACAAUUUGAAAGUCCUCUACAGUCAGGUCCCUACACCAGCCUCAACAAAGACAAGAUACAUCUCAACAGUUCCUGACAGAAUCUUGGAUGCCCCAGAUCUCAGAAAUGACUUCUAUUUGAAUCUAAUAGACUGGAGCAGCCGUAACCUCUUGGCUGUAGCUCUUCACAACAGUGUGUACUUGUGGGAUGCGACGCAAGGUGACAUCAUCCUACUUAUGAAGACUGAGCAAGUAGAUGACUACAUAUGUUCAGUAUCCUGGACCAAAGAGGGCAACUACCUUGCCAUUGGCACCAGGGACUGCAAAGUGCAGUUAUGGGAUGUGGAAAACCAAAAGCGGCUUCGUAGCAUGGCCAGUCACUCAAGCAGAGUUGGCAGCUUGAGUUGGAACAAUCAUAUUCUGUCCAGUGGUUCUAGAUCAGGUCACAUCCACCACCAUGAUGUGAGGGUGGCCGACCACCACAUCGUAACCCUUACGGGCCACUCUCAGGAGGUGUGUGGCUUACAAUGGUCCCCAGAUGGUCGGUAUCUGGCUAGCGGAGGGAACGACAACCUGGUCUACGUUUGGCCUGGUGUGAAUGCGGGCAGUCAGAACAGCGACAACGCCGUACACUGUUUCAGUGAACACCAAGGAGCAGUCAAGGCUCUGGCCUGGUGCCCAUGGCAGCCAAACAUUCUUGCCACUGGUGGUGGCACCAGUGACCGACACAUUCGCAUCUGGAAUGUCAACAGUGGCUCCUGCAUCAGCGCAUUGGACACUCUGUCCCAGGUGUCCUCACUGGCGUUUGCACCAAACUACAAAGAGCUUGUCUCUGGACAUGGAUAUGCCCAGGACAGCGUGGUUAUCUGGAAAUAUCCAUCUCUCUCCAAAGUUGCAGAGCUUAAUGGGCAUGAGGGCAGAGUUCUAAACCUGAAACUGAGUCCGGACGGCUCCACUGUUGCUACUGUGGCUGGAGAUGAAACAGUCCGUCUGUGGAAAAGCUUUGAGCUCGAUCCAGUGAAGAAAAAGGCCAAGGAAAGAAUGGUGAAGUCAACUAGCAGCAUUAUUCAUCAGCGAAUCCGAUAAAAGGACCUGCAUAAUGAAUCAUCUUUACCAUAGUCUCAUUCUUCAGUAAAUUAUGUUGUAACUUCUAUUUGCUGUAUAAUAAAGAUAUCACUUUUA